AUGAAUAGUCGUACGAGACUAGGGCUAGCAAUAUCUUGCUGUACGCGCUUCUUCCAACGGCAUGUGAACUGUUCAUUUCCUCAGCUAAAGAACACAUUGGCCAACAGCCUGGCAGAGUCUUACGAGGAAUGCGGCGACAUUCACCACGCGUUGCAAUGGACAGCUCGGGAGAAAGCCUUCGCGGAGGAAGCUAACGACCAGACUCUGGUGGACGAAGCCCGAUUUCGCAUGGGUUUCUUGAUGUCCCAAGACGCGGUGAAGAUGGCGGAUGACCCUCACGGAAUUAAGCUGGCAGAAGGGAAGCUGGCGCAGAGACGUGAUCUCGAAGCUCUGUACGAGGAAGCGCGACAAAAAGGUCUCGGCGAUUUCCAGUUUCAAAGUGCCUCCAGGCGCCUCGACAAGGAACUAGAUGAUGAGGUCAGCAGAAACGAGCCACCAUGCGGACACAUCUGGCUCCCAAAGACACUGGAAGCACUCAGUUACCUGCCAGAUCCUGAGAGAGGCCUCCAGACCCAGCUCAUCAAGUACAAGAUAGCUCAUGCGAAAUUCGACGCAGAAGAUUUCAAAGGCGCCGCGGCCGCUCUGGCAGAAGUCACCGCGUUCGCCGAGGCAGAUAGCAGCGGCCGAGCAGACCAGGUGCUUGCACCGGCUUUCUUCACCAAGGCUCGAGCACACCUGCACGAGUAUCUGGCUUCCCAAUCGCCGCAGUCGUGGGAUGCGUCCCUAGAAGCUCUCAGCAGAUCC